CCACUUCCGUUUAAUGAAACUAAAGAAGAGCAAGCGGAACAAAUCAAAGCACUUGUCGCUUGUUGCUAAUUCGCUAGCUGCUCAUGUUGUUGUGAAACUGCUGAGAUGAACAAAAUGUCUCAGUCAGAGGAGUUUGACUCGUAUGAGAUCGAGGAGCCGAGCGACGAGGAGCGAGCGAGCAGCAGUUCAGAGGAUGAGCUGGACGUGCUGCUGAACGGGACUCCUGAUCAGAAGAAAAAGCUGAUCAGAGAGUACCUGACGGGGGAGAGCGAGUCUUCCAGCGGGGAUGAGUUUGAGAAGGAGAUGGAGGCGGAGCUCAGCUCCACCAUGAGGACCAUGGAGGGAAGCUGGGGACCACCGACAGCAGCAGAAACCUCAGGAAACCGAGGAGGCGGCGGUCCAGGACUUCCUAACCCCCGGAUGUAUGAUGAGGUGUACUUUGACUCUGACUCAGAGGAGGAGGACGCACCAAGCAGCUCCACUGGCCGGAGGCAGAGACAGCGGACCAUACCGACCAAUGAUGAGCUGCUGUAUGACCCUGAUGAGGACGAAAGGGAUCAGGCUUGGGUUGAUGCCAAGAGGACACAGUACAGGUACAGCAGGAAACGACCAUCUGCAGCGUCUCGGUCGCAGCCUCGUCAGCCUCAGGGUUUACCCAGCAGCGAUGCCGUCCUCAACUGUCCGGCCUGCAUGACGACACUCUGCCUGGACUGUCAGAGGCAUGAAAAGUACCGGACUCAGUAUCGAGCCAUGUUCGUCAUGAACUGCACCGUGAAGAGAGACGAGGUCUUACGAUACAAAGCCCAGUGGGACAGGAAGCAGAGGAACAGGAAGAGGAGGAAGGGACAGAAAACAGAAACACCACUGGACGAGACUCCCGACCCGACGCCGGCGGGGAUGGACGCUGACGAGGUUUACCACCCGGUUCAGUGCUCUGAGUGCUCCACGGAGGUGGCCGUGUUCGAUAAAGAUGAGGUCUACCACUUCUUCAACAUCCUGGCCAGCCACUGCUGAGACAGACCAGCAGACUGAUUUCAGAGUUUUUAUCUCUGGUGCUUCACCUCACAGCAGCGUUCAGACUGACGAAGAAGAAGUUGGCUGACUGCUUCUUCAGUGUCCUGACUGAGAGGGAAGAAUCCGACUGUGGUCACUCUCAGUCCAUUGAUCAGUCGACCAAAAUCGGUUCAUAAACACUCCACAGCGAUCACAUGGUCAUUGCGCUGGAGUGUCAGCAGCACGUCGUCUGUCUGUGAAAAAAUAUCUUUCAAAAACUGGACUUUUGACACAGAAAAUCUGCUUGUUGCUGUUUGGAUGUCAUCAGUGCUGCUACUGUGUUGCAUACACAGGAGCCUGAACUCUGAGAAGAAACACGUUUUACCUGGACGCAUCACAUACAUUUUUGUUAAGGUUUCCUGUUAAUGCUUCCUCAUAAAGGGACAAUUCACCACAAAAUCCUCUCACCUGUAGUCUGGAUAGUUUUCGAGAUAUUGGCUGUAGAGAUGUCUGCCUUCUCUUGCACAUGAGGGAACUAGAUGGCGCAGAAAUCAUGACCCUUUUACUCAGGAUGAUCCACAGACCUUGUUGUGAACAUUUUUAUGUAGGAACUUUUUUUUUCUUUCCGUAUCACCACGCAGCCAGCUAAUGUUACAAUUCAGCUGAGGAGGACGCCAUUAAGGUUUCCAUCCUGCCCUGUCAUGAGCACAAGCCUCUUGUCCUUGAGUGGAUGCAAAAGAGAACAGUUUCCUUUACACAGUUUCUUCCAAUGAUCAAUAAAAUGUAAAGUAUUUCUGAUUCUGAAAUCCAAACAGUCUAGGUGGAUAUAUAGUGCUACAGGUUAAUAGGAAUUUUUUUGAUUUUGGGGUGAACUAGCCCUUUAACUCCUGUAUGGAGCAUUCGUAAUUGUAAUAUACAUAAACACACUAUUAACAGGUUAAAGUGUGUAUUAAUGUAUCACAUCUGUGACACUGUUGUAAUGCUAUGAAAUGUGUUUUCAAAGUUUACUUUAAUAAACACCUAAAUAUCUGCGUACAACCACA